UUGAGUUGGAGAAAGUUGUGAUUUCUAUCGGUGACACAGACUCAGGUGAUGGUUAUUGGUGUGUUGUUUUAAUGGUCACUUUGUGUCACAGAGACAUUAAACCGGACAAUGUCCUGCUGGAUGUCAACGGUCACAUUCGCCUGGCUGACUUCGGGUCUUGUCUCCGUAUGAUGGAGGACGGCACGGUGCAGUCCUCCGUAGCCGUGGGUACUCCGGACUACAUCUCCCCAGAGAUUCUGCAGGCCAUGGAGGACGGGAUGGGGCGCUACGGUCCAGAGUGUGACUGGUGGUCUCUGGGAGUCUGCGUGUACGAGAUGCUCUACGGAGAGACGCCCUUCUACGCUGAGUCUCUGGUUGAGACCUACGGCAAGAUCAUGAACCAUGAGAACAGAGCGUUUCAGUUCCCCUCCCAUGGGACCGACGUGUCCCGAGGACGCCAAGACCUGACCCAGCGCCUGCCUGGCCCUGGGGCCCUACUCGGCCUCAACGGGAUCUCUGACUUCAAGAGCCACGCCUUCUUCAGUGGCAUCGACUGGGAGAACAUCCGAUCCGCUGAGGCCCCGUACAUCCCUGACGUGUCCUCGCCCACCGACACCUCCAACUUCGACGUGGACGACGACGUCCUCAAGAAUCCGGAGAUCAGCCCUCCGAUGUCUCACAGCGGUUUCACUGGUCAGCACCUCCCAUUUGUCGGCUUUACUUACACCACUGACAGCUGCUUCGCAGACCGCAGCUCCGUCAGGCAGACCGGCCUCGGCCAGGAGGAGGCGGGGGCGGGAGGAGGAGGGCAGGAGGUGGAGGCCUUCGAGAGGAGGAUUCGCCGACUGGAGCAAGAGAAGCAGGAGCUGAACCGCAAACUCCAGGAGUCAACUCAGGCCCUGCAGGCUCCACCCCGAGGGGGAACUCUUACCCGAGACAAGGAGAUCAAGAAGCUAAACGAGGAGAUUGAACGUCUUAAGAAGAAGCUGGCAGACUCUGAUCGGCUGGAGCACCAGCUAGAGGAGGCUGUCACACUCCGACAGGACUACGAGAGCUCUGCUUCCAAACUGAAGAGCCUGGAGAGGCAGGUGAAGACUCUGAGACAGGAGAAAGAAGAAGUUCACAAGCAGCUGGCCGACUCCCUGGAGCGUCUGAGGAGUCACGGCAAGGAGCUCAAAGAGGCUCACGCACAGAGGAAAGUGGCCCUGCAAGAGUUCUCCGAUCUGUCGGAGAGGAUGGUCGACCUGCGCUCCUCCAAACAGCGUCUGUCCCGUCAGCUCCGAGACAAAGAGGAGGAGAUGGACACGCUCCUGCAGAAGAUGGACGCCAUGAGACAGGAGAUCCGUAAGACUGAGAAGAACCGCAAGGAGCUGGAGGGUCAGCUGGACGAUGCCAAAGCAGAAGCGCAGAAGGAGAAGAAGUUAAGGGAGCACAUUGAGGUUCACUCCAAACAGCUGGAGACGGAGCUGCAGAACCUGAAGGCCCAGCAGGGUCGGGGAGCAGUCGCCGGCGGGGCGGACUUCCAGCAGGAGCUGUCCCGUAUGAAAGCCGAUCUGGAUACAAAGAGUCUGUUCUACGAGGAGGAGCUGCUGAGGAGAGACUCGUCCCACUCCUCCGAGAUCAAGAAGCUCCGCAAAGACCUGCAAGAGUCGGAGGGGGCGCAGCUCACCGCCAACAAGGAGCUGCUGCAGCUACGAGAGAAACUGGACAAGGCCAAGAGGGACCGACAAGCCGAGAUGGAUGAAGCUGUUUCAGUUGUAAAAGAGAAAUCUGAACGGGAGAAAAACCUUUUGACCGAAGAAAACCGAAAACUUACGGCUGAAACAGACAAGCUCUGCUCCUUCGUGGAUCAGCUGACUGCUCAGAACCGUCAGCUAGAGGACGACCUGCAGGACCUGUCCUCUAAGAAGGAGAGCGUAGCUCACUGGGAGGCGCAGAUCGCAGAGAUCAUCCAGUGGGUGAGCGAUGAGAAGGACGCUCGAGGAUACCUUCAGGCUCUGGCCACCAAGAUGACAGAAGAGCUGGAAACACUCCGCAGCUCCAGUCUAGGACCCAGAACUCUGGUAACACACUAGUGUGACACACACACACACU